AUGGCGGCGCAGGGGCUGUCCAAGGCCGAGUACCUGCGGCGGUACCUGAGCGGGCCGGCCGCCGCCGAGGCCGCCCAGCCCCGCCGCCGCCGCAAGAAGAAGCCGCCGGGCGGCGCCGGCAGAGGCGGGAUGCGGAUUGUGGACGACGACGUCAGCUGGAAUAGCAUUGCUGCUGUCCAGGAGAAGGAGGAGGAGGAGGACGAAGGGGACAUGCCUGUGGUGGCAGAAUUUAUUGAUGAGCGUCCAGAUGAAGUGAAGCUCAUGGAGGAAUUCCGAACAAAUACUAAAUGGAAGCUUUUAGGAGACCAAAAUGAAGACUCGCAAAGUUCGGAUGUUUCAGUACCUGCCAAAUCUACCAUGAGGAGACUGCUGCACGACUCCCCAGACAAAUCGCCUCCAGGGCAACAGCACCACGACUCCCGGGAUCUGUCCCCUCCCAGGCGACAGCGCCACGACUCCCCCAACCUCUCGCCUCCAAGGCGACAGCGCCAUGACUCCCCGGAUCUGUCCCCUCCCCGGCAACAGAGAAACAAUUCCGCCAACCUCUUGCUUCCCAGGCGGCAGCGCCACGACUCCCUGGACCUCUCCCCGCCAAGAAGGAAGCGCUACCAUUCGCCGGAUCUGUCCCCUCCCCGGCAACAGUGCCACGACUCCCCGGAUCUGUCCCCUCCCCGGCAACAGAGAAACAAUUCCGCCAACCUCUUGCCUCCCAGGCGGCAGUGCCACGACUCCCCGGACCUCUCCCCGCCGAGAAGGAAGCGCCACGACUCCCCGGACCUCUCCCCACCGAGAAGGAAGCGCCACGACUCCCCGGACCUCUCCCCACCGAGAAGGAAGCGCCACGACUCCCCGGACCUCUCCCCACCGAGAAGGAAGCGCCACGACUCCCCGGACCUCUCCCCACCGAGAAGGAAGCGCCACGACUCCCCGGACCUCUCCCCACCGAGAAGGAAGCGCCACGACUCUCCGGACCUCUCCCCACCGAGAAGGAAGCGCCACGACUCUCCGGACCUCUCCCCACCGAGAAGGAAGCGCCACGACUCUCCAGAUCUGUCACCUCCCAUGCGACAGCGCCACGACUCCCCGGACCUCUCCCCACCGAGAAGGAAGCACAAUGGCUCCCUGUACCUCUCUCCCCAAGGACAGCAGCGUCAUGACUCGCCUGACCUGUCACCUCCCAGGAGGCAGCGUCAUGACUCCCCGGAUGUCUCUCCAAAGAGAAAGAGGUAUGAUUCUGACCCAGACUCAUCACCGCCUUGGAGAAAGAAGACUGGGUCACCUAAUCUGAAAAAGCAGAGCAGAACAAAAGGUGGGUACUCUGAUUUAUCUCCUCCACGACGGACUCUGCCAGCCGGAAAGGAUCGUUCAAGGAGUCCCCAUGACCUCUCACCUCAUCGCCACCGUGAUGCUAAGGGAUCUCCCAAGAAGGCAAACAUGAUGUUAUCUGGGGUCAAAGCUGGCUUGGUGUCAGCUGACGUGCUGCGGAGGGAACAGCAGGAGCUCAGGAGGCAUGAGAGAAAUAACAAGUACUUGGAAGAGGAAUCCCGACACUCUAAGACCGUCUUCCGAGACAAGUCAGGCCGCAAGCGGAACCUCGCGCAGGAGUGGCUGGAGCAGAGGCAGAAAGCUGAAGCGAAGUCCGAGAGAGAUGAGCAGUAUGCCAAAUGGGGCAAAGGGCUAGCGCAGGGGAGGCAACAGCAGCAGAACGUCGAAGAUGCAAUAAGAGAGAUGCAGAAGCCGUUGGCCCGUUAUAUUGAUGACCAGGAUCUGGAUCGAAUGCUGAGAGAGCAAGAGAGGGAAGGAGACCCCAUGGCUGACUUAAUCAAAAAAAGGAAGGCCAAAGAGAACAAAGAAAAGAAAGAAAAACCUAGAUACAAUGGACCAGCACCUCCACUCAACAGAUUUAAUAUAUGGCCCGGGCAUCGCUGGGAUGGUGUGGACAGGUCCAACGGAUUUGAGCAGCAGCGCUUUGCCAGGAUAGCCAACAAGAAGGCGGUUCAGGAGCUUGCGUACAAGUGGAGCGUCGAGGACAUGUAAACAAGAUGAAGGACCACGCAGAGCAGCGCUCCCCAAUUGAUGCUGCAGAGGUUCACCUACUGUCACUGCCAGAGCCAUGAGGAGUGGCUCGCUCUGCUUGGAGCAAGCCCUGUCCUUGGCGCGCAGCAUCCCAGUGGACCAUCUUCCGAGAGCCAAGGCUGAAUUUAGAGGAGAGCUGCCGAAAGAGGAUUUUCCUGUCAGCCAGAGAGGAUGAGUGCAGAGAACUGCAGCUACUUGGAGCAGCACAGUGGCUGAGCAUGGA